AUGAUGACCGCUGAGAAAUUAAUUAUUGUGGGAUGUCUAUUGAGGUUGUGUGUUUGCCAGCAAUAUGAACAGUCAGGAGGACAAGGAAGUUAUUCAUCUCAAAAUGGAAAAUAUGGUGCAUCUGCUUCUACAGGAAGGUCGACUGCAUCCGGAAGACCAAAUGGUGGUUCUGGCGUAAAUGGUUAUAGUCCCGCAUCUAGCAGUCUUGGCCAAGGUCAAGGCGGAAAGGGUGGCUAUGGGAAUGGUUUCAAUGGAAACACAAGAAAUCCUGGAAGUCAAAAUGCAGGUGCCAUAAAUUGUGGCCCUAAUGAUAAUAACGGUGGCUAUGGUGGAUCCAACAAUGGUUUUGGAGGAUAUGGAAGUGGAUCCAGUGGUUUAAAUAGUGGUUCCAAUGGCGGUGGAAAUUAUGGGGGUGGAAGCAAUGGCUUUGGAAGCAGUGGUGGUAAUGGAGAAUAUGGAAGUGGAGGUUCAGGAGGCGGUGGAGGAUAUGGAAGUGGGGGUUUUGGCAGUAGUGGUGUUUCGAGUGGAGCUGGAGGUUCAGGAGGUGGUGGAGGAUAUGGGAGUGGGGGUUUUGGUGGUAGUGGUGUUUCGAGUGGAGCUGGAGGAUAUGGAAAUGGUGGUUUUGGUGGUAAUGGUGGUUCGAGUGGAGCUGGAGGAUAUGGAAAUGGAGGUUUUGGUGGUUUAGGGGGAUCUGGAGGAUAUGGAAAUGGAGGUUUUGGUGGUAGUAGUGGUUUUGGUGGAUCUGGAGGAUAUGGUAAUGGAGGUUUUGGUAGUAGUGGUGGCGGUGGUGGUGGAGGAUAUGGAAAUGGAGGUAAUGGUGGCCGGGGAAAUGGCGGUACGGGAGGUAGUGGAGGUUAUGGGAAUGGUGGUCUAGGGGGCAGUGGAGGAUAUGGAAAUGGAGGUUCCGGAGGUAGUGGAGGAUACGGUAACGGAGGUUUAGGUGGUAAUAGUGGAUAUGGAGGUGGUGCUUUAGGAGGUAAUAAUGGAAAUUUUGGAUCCAGUGGUGGAAAUUUUAAUCCAAAUCAAAAUGCUCCUCCAGCCGCUAAAGUUAGUUUCAACAGCUUUUUUGGAAAAUCCGGACGUAAUGGUCGAGGACAAUUCGGUGGGCCGAAUGAAGCUAGUUCUCGAGGAUCUAACAACUAUGGCAGUCAAAAUGGUGGAGGUUCUGGCUCCUACGGUGGCCAAAACAAUGGAGGUUUUGGCUCUUAUGGCAGUCAAAAUGUUGGUGGUUCUGGCACUCAAGGCGGUCAAAAUGGUGGUGGUUCUGGUUCAUACAGUGGACAAAAUAGUGGAGGAUUUGGUUCUCAUGGGGGAGGUUCUUCUCCGUAUGGUUCACAAAAUGGUAUUGGUUCCAGCUUACGUGGUAACGGUUUUGGAUCUGGGCAAUACGGGGAAUCAGAUUUUUCCGGAUCCGGACAGAAUAAUGGAUUUGGAAAAAGUUCUCCAGGAGGAUUUUCAUCAGAGUCUGCUGGACAAGGAUCUAAUGGAUAUUGA